GUGAAUAACGAAGCGCUGCACGUUGUUUGGAUGGAGUUAGACAACAACACACAUGGCGGGACGGCUGAAGAAACAAGCGAAAGAUGCUGUAAAGAUCAUAGGAUGUGGCAGUGCACUGUUCCUGGGAUACCUCACAGCCUCAGGGGAUGAGUGUUUUUAUGCCAGUGCACUCAUGCCAGUUCUGCAGAGGUUUGUGGGAGCAGAGACGGCUCAUCUCAUGGCUGUCCGGUUGAUUGGUCUUGGACUUGUGCCUCGCAACAACUACAAGGACCCGACCUCACUGGAAGUGCAUGUGAUGGGCCGUAAGUUCCAGAACCCAGUUGGUAUGGCAGCAGGCUUUGACAAGCAUGGUGAGGCAGUGGACGGCCUCUAUAGACUGGGCUUUGGUUUCGUGGAGGUGGGAACUGUCACACCAAAGGCACAGGAUGGAAACCCAAAACCACGUGUGUUCAGACUGGAGUCAGACCAGGCUGUUAUUAACAGAUAUGGAUUCAACAGUUGUGGCCUUUCUGCAGUACAUGAAAGGUUGAAGGCCAGAGAGCAUGUUCAAUCAGAGCUGACUAAAGCAGGCAAACCUCUUGGCAUCAAUCUUGGAAAGAACAAGCUUUCGCCGGAUGCGGUGUCGGAUUAUGUGGAGGGAGUACGGACUCUGGGCCCUCUUGCUGACUACCUUGUAGUGAAUGUGAGCAGCCCCAACACGCCUGGCCUUCGAGAUCUACAGGGCAAGGAAGAACUGCGCCACCUUCUGGACAAGGUACUUAAAGAGCGGGAUUCAUUGCGAAGCGAGAAUCGACUGCCGGUGCUGGUGAAAAUUGCCCCUGAUCUUACUACACAGGACAAGCAAGACAUUGCUGAGGUCAUCAUGGAGGUUGGUGUUGAUGGUGUAAUGGUUUCCAACACCACUGUUUCCAGGCCAGACACUCUAAAAGACCCCAAUAAAGCUGAGACUGGGGGACUCAGUGGUCAACCUCUUAAAGAGCUGUCCACUCAAACAGUGCGAGAGAUGUACACAUUGACACAAGGGAAGCUGCCAAUUGUUGGAGUGGGUGGAGUGGCCAGCGGUCAGGAUGCCAUGGAUAAGAUACGUGCUGGAGCUUCUCUGGUGCAGCUGUACACGGCGCUAGUCUACCAGGGGCCGCCGGUGGUCAACAAGAUCAAGAGAGAACUGGAUGAUCUUCUAAAGGCACAAGGUUUUACAUGUGUUGCUGAAGCAGUAGGUGCUGAUCAUAAAACCACAGAGAAAACUGUGAAGACCACUCCAGAUGUGACUCCGUAAUGCUUAACAUACAGCAUUUACUGUUGGACAUGAAUGAUCUUAUUUCAGCUUUUCUUGAAUCAUCGGCCGGAAGACUUGAAACAAUAAAAUGAAUUAUGCUUUAGGCAUGCUAUGGUGACAUGUAGAUUUGCCAUGUUGUUGGUAUAAAUUAAUAUUUGUGUGUAAAAAUGCAUCCACCAAAGUAUGGAAAACAUGACGUAAUAUUUUAUAUCCUUGAGUUCAAAGGAAUAUAUGAAUUUAAAUAAAAGUGCACUGCUUUGUAA